AUGCCAGGCAUAGAUCCGACCAAGGACAGCAAACCGUUCCUAUGCGGUUGUCUCCCCAAGAGUCUGAGCAAAUCUCCAGCGCCUACUCCACCUGCAAAAACAACCUCGGCACCUCCAGUUCAGUGGACUGGGUCCUGCAAUGAGAAAGGUGGGAGAUUCGAGAAAGACAGGGCCAAAGAGAUUGUUGAAAAGUUCUGCGAAGUCGCGUUCGAAAACGAGUGGAGCGACGAAUGGUUCGCUGAGAACAGCAGGACCACCUUCAACAAGGACGUCAUAUUUUAUAGCGAAUAUGACCAACAGGUGUGGAGAGAAGAUUUCGAGUUCGUCAUCAAGGUCAGCAUUCAGUCGCACAAACAGAAUGAACCGCAAGGCGAAGGCUCGGACCUCAAUAAAGCCUUGAAAAGGCUCCGAGAGGACGUUUCCGUCUGCGAGAAGGAGUUUGGUCAUCUGAUCAAAGAUUGUGAAUGGGUUGGGAAAGGCCCCAACCGUCUGUCUCUUCCCGCGGGAGGAAGUCGCCCUAGCCUAUGCAUGGUAUGGGAGCUAUAUGCAGAUAUAGAUGAUUGA